GAAUAUAUCCAUUGUAGGUCGUUCAAGUGCGAGGGCUAUUUAGAAUAGCUUAGUUGACCUUUUUUGUCGUUUUUCAGACGUCAUCAUUUGCUGACUAAGCAUCCCCGAAGUCAUUUGCAAAAGCUCCGGAAAGCACGAUUGCAUAAACUCAUGAUGGAACAAUAAGUUUUACCUUUUUGAAUUUUUCCUUCAUAGUCAAGUUUAAAACUGUGUGAAGAAAGUGAAGGAUGAGUCAAGUGACCUUUUUUAUGUAAUGUCGAUGUUUCUAUACAUUUUCCACUAAUAAAUCUGAAAUUAUGGUUAGCUGAUUUGUACUUACCAAUUCAGAAACCGAUUGUUUAUGUGAAAAUAUCCGUAAUUUCUACGUAGUAAGUAAUUACUGUGGCCUGAACAGCAACAUUGUAGACUUAAUCGUAUACCAUAACACCGCUACUUUAUAAUUUACGAAUUAUGUUGUAGCAUGUUACGGUUGACAAUGCAAUAACUGUCAUGUUCUUAUCGUCUUUACUUAUGUAUCAACGAUCGUAAGCAUUUAAAUAUUUUCGAAUUAACAACCACGAUUUAUAUCUAAUUCUAAUUGUCCGUAUUUUUGGAUCAAACCAGUAAACUGGGAGUGGAAGCAGACUAAACCAGUUAUAUACCGAGUGUCCUCAAGAAAUACUUUUACAACUAAAUAGGAAAAAGCUACUAAAUGGGAUCUGCAGUAGAUUUAAUUACAUACAGUCCCGCUGCUGCACAACAUAACCUUGCUUUGAUUAACUACUGUCGCAUAUCUAUCGCAGCACUUUCUGGAUGUACAGUCGGGAUAUUAGGUUUGACAGGAAUCAUGGGAUUUAUGUUUUAUUUUCUGGCGCAUGGUUUCUUAUCAUUAUUACUGUUACAAAAGGCAGGAAAAUCAUGGAACAAAUACUUUAUUCAGCGUUCGUGUUUAACGUAUGGAGGGGUUUUCGGAGAACUAACUACUUAUAUUUUAUUUUGGACUUUUAUUUAUGGCAUGGUUCAUGUAUAUUAAAGAUAAUCUAAAUAUAUUGACCUACUUUGCUUAA